AUCCUAAAAGAAAAUCUGCAUAAUAUGAUGACGUUAUCUACGUCAUGCCUCUUUGCUCCGCCCCUGGUUAAGACUAAUGAUUCUAUUUUAUAAAUGAUUCACAUUGCGUGGAUUUUGAUUCAUUUGAUUCAUUGAGAAGCGGUUUCUUUAUGGCGCGAGUGUUCAUUGUGUUAUAUUUUCUAAAAAGAAGUUAUUCAUAUGUUGAGAUGCGAACAACGUAAACAUCAAGUCUUCUUUUUUUAGUCUCAGUUCGUUCGAGCCCGUGAAUCGCUUCACUCGACCAAUUUAAAAGAGUCGUUCAUAAAGAACCGAUUCGUUUGUGAAUCGUUCGUACUUAGCAGUAGCGCCAAAUUAAAUUUAGUUCGAGAGACGAAGAGAAGCAAUGAGCAAUUUCUUUACCUUCCCUCACUGGUUUUACAGGGUUUAAAAUGUAAAAAAGAAAGAAAGAAAGAAAGAAGGAAAGUAAGAAAGAAAGAAAGAGAAAGCGUUUGUUUUGUUUGGUGGAAGUAUGCUACGUGUUUGGGAUUGAAGUGUGUGGAAAGAGCGGAAAUGGCAACCGGGAGCGGAGAGCGCGUGAAAGCGAGCGCCUACAUCCCCGUGUCCAUCACCGCCAGUCUGCUGCUGGUGACCUCCACCUUCUUCUUCACCUUCACGUGUCCUUGGCUCGCUGAGAAUGUGUCUCUUGCUUUCCCUCCAUGCGUCGGCAUCACAUUCCUUUUUGUCCUGGCAAACUUCACCAUGGCAACGUUCACAGAUGCCGGCGUGCUGCCAAGGGCUAACGAGGAUGAAGAUAAGGAUGAAGACUCGCGUGCACCCCUCUAUAAGGACGUGGAGGUCCGGGGAAUCCAAUUUCGGAUGAAGUGGUGUGCCUCCUGCAACUUCUACAGACCCCCUCGCUGCUCCCACUGUAGUGUGUGUGACCACUGUGUGGAGGACUUUGACCAUCAUUGCCCCUGGGUGAACAACUGCAUCGGGAGACGAAACUACCGUUUCUUCUUCCUCUUCCUGCUGUCUCUCAGUGUGCACAUGGUGGCCAUUUUCUCUGGGGGUCUCCUGUUUGUACUGGACCACCUGGAAGCCCUGUGGGACCUACGGGCAACCAUCACUCUGUCCAUCAUGAGUAUGUCAGGCCUUUUUUUCAUCCCCGUAAUGGGAUUCGCAUGCUUCCAUAUGGUCCUGGUAGCAACAGGACGAACCACAAAUGAACAGGUGACUAGAAAGUUCCAAGGAGGAGCAAAUCCCUUUACACGUGGCUGCUGUGGCAAUGUGGAGUUUGUUCUGUGUAGUCCAAUUACUCCAAGAUACACCAGGAAGUUGGGAAACAAGCAGAUUGUCCAUAUACAACCACCAUUCCAAACACCAGAGUCCCUCAAAAUGUCACCCAUGAAAGUUGAAGACAAUGGGAUGCAAACUGAAAUGCUUUCCGUCAAAAGACAGUCUGCAGGAGAACGGGAUGAGUGUAAACAGCUGAACACACCGCCCCCUAUGCCACCCAAACCCAACCCGGUUCUGCUCAAGAGCCACGUUGCUACGGUGCAAGAGAGCUUACUGCAAUCCAAAACUGCAGUGCCGUCUGCCCAGAGCACCAUCGGUCAGAUCGUAGAGUCGCCUUCCAGGCUGCAUUAUCAAGUUCCUAGGGAGCAGAUGGACUGUACGAAGAACCACCAGCUCCACAUGAGUGGUUUUGCCAAGGAUCCAUUUUUUGAAUCUGGAAUGGGGCAAAUGGAAUCUGGAAUGGGGCAGACUCCUAUCUCUACCCACCUGGCCCUGCAGUCCAGCACACUUCCCGGGAACAAAUUCAUGCUGAACUCCCACUCCCUCACUUUGAAACACACUCGCUGCAGAGGAGACCGAGCCCAUCAGUGUCCCGAUUCUGUGGCAUCUUCCUCCAACCAGGGCAUCCUCAGCCUCUCCUAUGACAGCCUCCUCAGCCCAGCACAACGCGGGCCCCUCAGAGUGAACUACCUGCCUCCUUUCCUUCCCUUAGAUCUGGGUCUGGCUAUCAGGUGCCCAGCAGAUGCCCAGCAUGCACCCUCCCGUACCUGCAGCCCGGGUUUCACUGGCAUGAGCAGGCAGUCUCCCGUGCACUAUGACAGCCUUUCCAAACCUACCAUGAGCUCUAUCCCGGAACGCCACGAACUGGAGGAGCGAGAAAAGCAGCCGUCUUUGUUUCCCUUUCAGGAUAUGUCUGUUUACGACAUGCCAAGUGGGCGCCUAUCCCGGAGGCCCACUCCCCCCGCCUAUGGCUCUCGAGAGUUCCUCAUGAGCAGUGCAGCUUACGGCUACGCCUCCUCGCUCCAGCGGGCAUCUAGAACUUCCAGCUCGUCCAUGCAUGCCAAUAUGGCCCACCAGAGUCGCUCACUCUCGCCCUCGGCCUGUAGUACUCUGGAGCCCUGUGCUCAGCACUCAACCUCAUCUAUUCCCUGCCCGAUGCCCAGCUCCUCCUACACAGCGCAGAAAGCUCUGGCUUUAAUCAUUACCUCAGAGAGAAAAGACACAGGUCUGUAGUAUGAGUUGCUGAUUCUCCCAGUCUGUGUAAAGAUCAUAUUUAUGAUGAAGAAAGUCCCAUUUAUCAUUGUUUAAUUUCACAUGCUCCUAUUGAUCCAUAAAUUCAACUUUUUUACAGAUUUAUUAUAUAAAGCAAUUCAACUUUUUCAUAUUGGUUACCAAUGCUUCCCAUUAGCAGAAAAACAUAUAAGCUUCAUUGAUAGACAUGUAACAGUUGCUGUUUGUUCUUCUCUGACAGGAAGUGAAGAACAGUUUCAUGCUAUAUGAUGAAUACAUUUUAGUAGUUAAACGUGCUCAGUGUAAUUUGUUGUUUUUUGCUUCUUUUAUGUUUUAAAGCUACUCUCCAUGAAUGUUAAGUUAGAACACGUUCUGUAAAUUUUGCCAAAAUUCUUAUGACAUUUUUGUAGCUGUCAAUAAAAUAUCUAC